AUGACAGAGGAGGACGUUCUGCCGGACCAGUCUCCGUUCCCGCCGCUGCAACUGUCCUUCGAGGAGCAGCAGCAAUGCCACCAGCUCAGUCUGCAACUGCUCGAGCGCACGCUGCACAGCUACGACGAGCGUCUUCCAGGAGCCACGCCCAGACACCACGCGAGUCUCGACAGCGCGCGCUGGAAGCUGCAGAGGACGCAGCACAAUGCGUCGCUCUACUCGGAGCGCGUCCGCCAUAUUCGCACCGACCUCCACCUGCCGGACGACAAUUGGCAAGACCCGACUGUUCUUCUCAUGGUCGGGACCAUCCCAGCCCCUCUGGACGAGGUGAUGUACGGCAUGUCGAUCCCCACGUUUGAAGCGCUGAAAAUCCGCGUGUCCACGCUCGGAGAUCAAGAAGUAGGCGGCGCUAUGCUCGCGAGACUCGUCGGGCCGACAGAAGACAAACCCUUCCAGAACUUGUCCAUCAUGUACAUGGCGAGUCGACUGCCGUGGCUGGUGAGCAGGGUAGUCAAGCCGAGGGACUUUGUGCUGCUGUCGGCGACCGGAGUCAUGACGACCAAAGAUGGAGAACGUAUCGGAUACGAUCUGUUGCAGCCCGUGCCGCUGCUGGAGUGUCCGCCCUUGCCCAAGCCCAUGAUUCGCGGGAAGUUCAUGUUCGGAGCGCUGUACCGAGAGCUGGAGAAUGGGAAUGUGGAUGUGUACAUCCAGCAGUAUGUCGAGUCGAUGGGCAACCUCAUGGAGUCGUUCAUCAUCAGCUCCACGUGGCAGUCGCUUCUUGGCUUCUUCAGGGCUCCGAUUCUGUCCGAGCACAAGAAGCUGCAGUGGUGUAUCGCCAACAUGAAAAGCGCGCAUCGUCGAGGACUCGCGAGUGAGUUGUCCGGUUAUUCGUUGAGCUGCCCCUUGUGUUCCAUGGCUUUUGGACGCUUGGCUCGGACUCGACGCAGCGACCAGCGCAAUUGUGUAUUGUGCUUGGCGCCAGUGUGUUCAAACUGUCGCGAGGAACGAGUUUUCAAGGUGCUGGACCGACACCCGAAGAAGAGGCACAUGCUGAUCAGGAAGAAACAGAUUUUUGUCUGUCGGCCGUGUCUGGAUUUCGUGCACAGCCAGAAGCCUGCCGAUAUUGCGAGGUACAACACCACCGAACAGCUUACGCCAGGCUCGGAUUCCACUGGAGCGUCCAGUGAUAACGCAUUUACCACAUGGGGUCUGCUUUUCAGCGAUUCGCAGCCUUCGUGGUCUCCAGCGCGCUCCUUGUCCAUGUCAAGUGAGUCAUUUGAGUCUUUUGGCUGGGACGCGGAACCAUAA